UCCAACCCUUCGCCACUUCACUCUCCCAACCCACACCAUUCUCCUUCAAACCCAAUCCCACCCUCUUCUUCAACACUUCUUCUCUCCUCCUCCUCCGUUCAAGAACCAACCCCUUCCUCACUCGUGCCGACGACGACGGAGACGGCGGCCCCGACGACUACGACAUGGACGACGAGGAGCUCGAAGAGGUCGACAACAAGAAGGACUUUGACAUAGAGUACGAACCCCUGGUCGCCACCGCCGCCGACGGUGAUAUUGCAAUGGUGCAGAGCGAGAGCUUCGUUUCGACGCAGGGUUGGGACUCCGAGACGGUGGUAGAUUACAGAAUCAACGAAGAUGAGUUCCACAAGAUUUGCUUAGCUGACUGCGACUUCUUCAUAAGGAAGCCCCCUGACCCUGACAACGAUGUCUAUGAUUUCAGGGAGAUGUAUGUGACUCCUCCGGAUACAGAUGUUUAUUCAAUCCCCAAGGUGCUUGCGCCAAUGCCUCAAAAGUACAUUAGAUGUGCUGUAAGUGAUUAUGGAUGCUACAACGUGACAGAGCCACCUAUUGAUGCACCUCGAGAUCCUAUGUAUAAAACUGAGAGGGAAAUCUGGAAGGUGUACUUGACAAAACACUACAAAAAUCGAAGGCAGGGUGACCCAGAGUUUGUGCUGGAUUUCGAGGAGAUUUACAUUAUUGAUUCUAAAACCAAGUCAAUUACAAGAGCUAAAGUUGUGGUAACAAAUCCUGGAGGGAGAAAUAGAGAUAGGAAGACCGACUUGCUUGUUAUAGCUGAUCGUGGGAACUCCUUUAAGGUUAUAAAUCAUAGUGAAAAGGAUGACCCAACAACUGUCAUAGAGAGGGAAGAGUGGACCACUUCCCGGCAAGAAAUGGAGAACCAUCUUAGAAAGCUAAGAGACUUCAGCAUUUCCAAUUGGUUCUAGUUAGUGAUUACGUAUUGGUAUAAGACUUUCUUAUGGAUAUUGAUAGUUGUUAGUUGAUACACACGGCAUGAUAGGGGGAGGUUGGGCAUGGGCACAAGUAUAUACAGCAAUUAGGCAUGGAAAUAUUAUGUAGCAUUCCAUUUUUGAAAUUCUGUACAAGUGUCUUGAUCUUAUGUAUAUUCUGUUUGUAACUUGUUAGAAGUGUGGUUGUUGGAAUUCAAUGAGAUUUGAUCUGCCAAUGUUAUGAAGGAAAAAACCACUUAUGCAGGUUUCUUUUA